CCUGACAGCAGACAUCACACCGCCCGUGAUGCUUGUGUGUCUGGCAUGCUCUGGCCUCUGGGUCCCCACAGGCCCUGGAGGGACAAGCUGCUGCUGAGCCGAGGAUCCGGUCGCCCCACAGAUGGCAGAGGGUGCUCCUGGGAGCAGACUUGUGGCCCAGCAGGCCCAGCAAGGCUGGGCACCCGCCCUAUUCUGUCGUGGCCACUGGCCUAACUCAGCUUUGGAGCAAGCUCCUUGGGCAGCGGCGGGCGGCAAACGGCCAGAGGAAGCUGCCCACAGUGGGUUCUGAGGCCGUGAGUGCCGUUCUCUCUGCGAGCGUCACCAGGCGAUGGCGUGACACUGGGAGCAGGGACUCUGAGGCCUGCAGGAUAAGACCGACACAGUGACUGGGACGCAGUGGUGUCGGCUGGCAGUGCGACUGGAGACCUGACUGCUGGGAGCACAAAAGGCUCAUCAGCUCCUAACUGAACCUGUAGUGGACACUCGGCACCUCUCCGGGAGAGGCCCACCCAGGACGGCUGAGGCCCGGGCAGCUGCUCCCACAGCCAGGGGAAGAAGGCACAAGAAGUGGAGGUCAGCAGGGCCGGGAAGGAGGCCCAGGAGCGCCCAUGAAGGUGACAUGAUAAAAGGAAAUACGAAGAAAAGCUGUCAUGGGGAAGGGACCUGGCGGCUUGGGAAGGAGGAGACUGCAGUCCCGCAGGGAGGGAGGCCCAGGGCCCUGCACGGUGACAGCAAGAUCAUGUUUUAUAUUCUCGUAAAGGCUGUUUACACCUUGGGCUACAGUGUCUCUCUGACCUCCCUCACAACAGGAAGCAUAAUUCUUUGCCUCUUCAGGAAGCUGCGUUGCACCCGGAACUACAUCCACCUGAACCUGUUCCUCUCCUUCAUCCUGCGCGCCGUGUCGGUGCUGGUCAAGGACGCCGUCCUGUACUCCAGCUCGGGAACCCGGCACUGCCCUGAUCAGCCAUCCUCCUGGGUCGGCUGCAAGCUGAGCCUGGUGUUCUUUCAGUACUGCACCAUGGCCAACUUCUUCUGGCUGCUGGUGGAGGGGCUGUACUUGCACACCUUGUUGGUGGCCAUGUUCUCGCCUGGCUGCCGCUUCCUGGCCUAUCUCCUGAUUGGAUGGGGCAUCCCCACUGUGUGCACGGCGGUGUGGACAGCGGCCAGACUCUCUUUAGAAGACACGGGCUGCUGGGAUACCAACGAGCACAGUGGUCCCUGGUGGAUUAUACGAACGCCAAUUCUAAUUUCUAUCCUAGUCAACUUUGUCCUUUUCAUUAGUAUUAUACGAAUUUUACUGCAGAAGCUGACGUCCCCAGAAGUCGGAGGCAAUGACCAGUCACAGUAUAAGAGGCUGACCAAGUCCACCCUGCUGCUCAUCCCGCUGUUCGGCGUCCACUACAUGGUGUUUGCCGUGCUUCCCAUCGGCGUCUCCUCCAAGUACCGGAUCCUGUUUGAGCUGUGUGGCGGAUCCUUCCAGGGCCUGGUGGUGGCCGUUUUCUACUGCUUUCUGAACAGUGAAGUGCAGACUGAGCUCAGACGGAAGUGGCAAAGCCGGUGCCCGAGUCAGCCCUCCGGCCACAGCCUGUCCAUCUCCAGGAACGGCUCGGAGAGCGCCCUGCACUCUCACCGCGGCUCCCGCACCCUGUCCUUCCUGCAGACGGAGACCUCGGUCAUCUAGGGUGCCCCCCACCCCCGCCCUCACCAUAUCCUGACCCCAGGAGCCCACUGGACAUCGGGAGCCAACCGAGGGGCACCACUCAGGAGUGCCCUGGGGUAAAUCUGGGCAACUCAGGACAGCGGGACUUUGCUUCUCCUAUCUGUGGAACCGGGGUUCCCUUGUAACUGACCGACUUCAGUGUAAUCAUUGUUAACCUCUGGCAUUUAGGUAAUUUUGUUCAUAACGUUUGGCUGUGUAGACGGACCCGUUUUCCAGGAGAAUAGGAGACACCUACAUGAGUGGCCCAGACGCGGGUCCAGCCUCCGAGGGGAUUCUAAGUCUGAUGCCUGUUCUGGGGGGGAGCUGGGCCCCUCCUGACAGGAGAAGCUGCUUGUCCUCUAAGUGACCCACGUCACUGCCCCCACCUGGCUCCUCGAGGGACAGCCCCCCCCCCGGUCUGAAGGACAUGUGCCUAGAAGCCCACUUAAGACUAACCCGAAAUGGCUCCUGCAAACCCCAGCGGACCCUCCCCUCCUGGCCGCCCUCACACCGCUGCCUCUCUCCGGGCUCCCCCUCCCUGUUUCCCCACCACAAUAGCUGGCCUGGCCCAAGAAAAAGUGCCCAGAAGAGCAUCAGGUGACAGCAGCAGGGAGCAGUGUGUCUCCCCUCACAUCUGUCACUCAGCGGGUGGCUGGACAGGGCCCAGCAGGUGUGUUGUGUUUAGGUUUGCAGGCGCCCCGUCACCAGGGCAACACGAAGGCAUUUUAUCUGGUGGGAACAGAAACCUAUUCUCUUUUGAAAGAAAAUAGUCUUAACGUUAUUUCUGUUUAAAUGUAGAAUUAUUUUAACAAAGUAUAAAUUGUACUGAGCGCAUCUGUCCAAUAUUGGCAAACCGCAGCCCUGGCUUCUGGUGCCGUGAUGUUUGCAGACUUGGGAGGUGGGUCUGGGACAGCUGAGGGGCAAGGACAGUAAGCCCCUUCCGUGUGCAGGGCCCGCAGCACCGACAGGCGCUCUGCCUAUGUCUGGGUCCAGUGCUGGUUCUCCCUGGGCACAGUGACAAUGACUGGGAUGGUGUGGGGUUGCACAGUGACUGUGUCCAGAACAUGGAACUGGGGUCCCCACUGAGAAGUCCUGCUGUAACUGAUCCAUGUGGCCAGCUGGACAGCCAGACCACGUCUCUCUGGGGCCAUUGGUUGUGCUUGGGCGUUAGAUGUGCAUGGGAUGCGAGUGGGGUCACUGAGGCUUCCCUCAGCUGGCAUCCACGGAGGCCCAAAGCACCAGGAACGGGCCACGUUACCCAGGAAGGGAAGGGAGUGCUAGGAAAUCGGUGUUUGGACAGUGAGCACAAGCGGGUGAUGAGAGUCCUCGGGUUGCUGUAAGACAUCAUCAUAAAUGUGUAAAUACCAAUAAAGUCUGAUUUCACAC